GCGCUGCCCUCGGCAAGCGCUGGCAUCCGCCGCUCCUGCCUCGCUCUGCUCAGGAACAGGGCUCAGCUCUCUCGCGCAAAGAUGUCUUGCUACGACCUGUGCCCACCGAAAACCGGCGUCGCCGUCCCCCAGCCCGUCGCUGAGAGCUGCAACGAGCUGUGCGCCCGGCAGUGCCCCGACUCGACGGCCUUCAUCCAGCCGCCCCCCGUCGUCGUCACCUUCCCCGGCCCCAUCCUCAGCUCCUUCCCCCAGCAAGCCGUGGUGGGCUCCUCCGGAGCACCCGCCUUUGGGGGCAACCUGGGGCUGGGAGGCCUCUACGGCGCCGGCGCCACCCUGGGCUCGGGGGGCCUCUGCACCUUUGGCAGACCCUACGCUUCUCCCGCCUGCAGCCCUUGUGCCUUGCCCCGCUACAGCAAGAAGCUGUGGGACACCUGUGGGCCCUGCUAGACCCAGCCCCAGAGCCUUCAUAUCUGUCAGAAUUGGAGAAGCUUAGAAGAAUCUAGUCAUCCUAAAUGUUGCAGCCUUUAAUAUUUUCUCAAAUUCUUUUUGUUUUGCUGUUCUUAAUCUUCUAUUUUCUCUCCAGUUUCACAGGCCUCUUCCCUUACGUGCUGUUUUGUAUGCUUUUUAUUGUCAGGGUUCUUUCACUCUUAUUAUCUUUAGUGUUUAUUUUGUGAUCCUCAUGUAAAGUAUUGUAUUCAUUUAGUUGUUGUUUAAGGUUUAUCUAUCUUGACUACUCUGAUCAGAAAUAUUUAGCUUCAUUUUUCAUUUCUUUUUCUUCCACUUACCUUUUUUUUUUAUCGUCUGAUUUAUUCAACUUGUUUUUCCCAAUAAAUCUUUUAUGCACGAAACCUGUAGUGGUUUUCAAACCUUUUUUUGUUCUAAACUUUGUUGAGUGUUCACCUGACUUUAUUCCUAUUCAUAAUACAGAUGGUGUUGUACUCCACUGGCAUGGUCCAUUUUCUCUGUUUACUUCCAAUGAUAUAGUACAUUUCUUCUUAUUAUCUUUUUUCUAUUAUUGAUUAUUUUGAGCUGUAUUUUUCAUUCAUGGCCAAUUAGUAGAGAAAGCAACAGAUUGAAAGAUUAAAAAUGGUUCUUUCCAUCCUGUACAUAUUUCCUUUCUGUUAAGUUUUUUAUUUAACUUCAGAAAUUUUCUCCUGCACCUA